AUGAGCAUCGAAGAAAUUAAGGGCAGCACCGAGGAGAACGGUGGAGGUGGAGAGGACAAAAAAGAUAGAGAGCAGUGCAUGGAUAACUGCAAGGACAACGAGGAGGUGAGUAACAUAUUCAAACCGGGGGACUUGAGUGAUCUCAGGAGCAAGAAAACUAUUUUUGAAGACCUAGGUGGGGAAAAGAAGCAACCAAAGGAGUCUGAGUUUUUAAAGACGCCUGUUUCAAAGAGUUCGACACCUGUGCAGAACGAGAUUCCUGGGGUUGUGUUUAAGGCAGGAGCCAACCUGCACAAGUUUGUAGGGGAAUGGGAGAAUAUAGGGCCAGGCUUUGUGUAUGUGACAAGGAAUAAGGAGAAGAGGUGCUUUUUCAUUAGAGAUGGGGUGAUGAUGUGUGCAUUUGACUUCCUUGUCACCUAUGACACAAGGCCCACGAAGAAGAAGCUAGGGGUGUGCAUUGGAGUUAGAGAGAUGAUUGAAAAUAAGUGUGUUGAGCAACCUUACUGUGUUGUCUUCAAGAAUGAGAAAGAUGCAAGUGAGUUUGUCCAGACAAUGAAGAUUUAG